AUGAAUAGACUAACUAGGGUGACUGUCUCAGUGAGGCAGUUUACUAUAUCUAGUGUUAGAUAUAAUAAUGUCAAUGAUAGUGCAAGAGAAAAAUUAAACAAGAUUUUGGCUGAUAUUCCCCAAACCGCAACGGCAAAUCAAACACCUCUGUUGAUACCACCAAAAACUGCGGAGGAGGUUGACAGAACAGGCAAAGAAGAACCGCAGAUCCAAGCUGAGGGCGAAUCUCUGAGUAAAUCAAAGUCAGAAAAGCCCACUUUUGGUUCUUCUUCGUACAUCGAUAUCUUCAAUAUAAAGCAGAUCAUCGACACAGUUAAGAAGAGUGACAACGUUAAGGCACUACAGAGAGAACUGACGACAUUCUACGAAAAUCGAAAGAAAAAUCAGCACGAGUUUCAGGAAUCUUUCAGUAAAAAGAUGGACCACAAUGUGAAGGAAUUGAAAUCGUCAAUUAGCAUUGCGUCUAAAGUUGUAAACGAGAUCACAGGCUAUAAUAAAGUGAUUAAGCUCAAAGACGUCAUUGUAGAUCAUGAAAAAAAACUGAAGCAGUUAAAAGAUCUUAUACAUAAAGCCAAACUGGAGCAUGAAAAGGCACUGGAGCUUAGAUCUUCAUCUCAGAAGGAGGUGAACGAACUUUUGGAACGCAAAAACAGCUGGACACCUGUGGAUUUGGAUAGAUUUACAAAAAUAUAUAUGAUUAGACACGAACUUGAUGAAACUGUUGCUGCAACUUCUCGGGAGUUGAAAAAGUUGGAAGACCAGCAAGAAUAUACCCACGAUGAGUUGAUUAAAUCAAUAAUGAAUAGAUACCACGAAGAACAGGUCUGGUCGGAUAAAAUCCGACAAUUUUCCACCUGGGGUACAAUUUUGAUUAUGGCAAUUAACCUCUUGCUUGUGUUUCUGGUUCAAUUUGUGUUUGAGCCGCUUAAAAGAUGGAGAUUAGUUAACUCCUUUGAAGGUAAAGUCAAAGACUUGUUUUCAGACAAUGAGAAGCUUGCGUCGGAUAUCAAUGACUUAAAAGUUCAGCUGCAGCAAUUGACUGAAGAGGGUGCUCUACUGACUGUUAACAGCAACCGAAACUCGACGAGUCAUUCAGAAGCUGUUUUGGACGAACUUGAAUCACCAAAUUCGGAGGAAUCAAAAGUUGAAGAAAAAAUAGACUUCCAACCAAUUUUACCACCUUUCGAAUUUAGAAGACAUGUGAUUGCAAUCUAUGUGAAGUACUACUACACUAGACUUCGUUCCCUUUUGAUGAGGUUAGGAUCAUACUUAUCCCCUGUGUCUUGGACAAAUACGACACCGCUACAUACCACAGUUGGGGAAUUCCAAUCUCAAAUGGUGGGCUCCAUUGUAACCAGUAUACUAGCAGGCCUAUUUCUCGGUUGGUGUAUUUGA